AUGGAUGCCCAAUCGGCAAUCAACUCGAGGUCCCAAUCUCGUGGGGCCGAGGGUUCAACGACUCCCGGUACACCAUCAACUAAUCAAGCGAAAGUCCAACAGCCAAAACCACAAGCCCUGGCAAAUCGGCCCGGGCCUGCGGCGAUUCUCGUAUCAACAAGACAAAAGGGCAAUCCGAUUUUGAACCACAUCAAGCUUCUACCCUGGGAGUACGCAGAUAUUCCGGCCGACUACGUGGUCGGAACCACAACAUGCGCACUUUUUUUGUCUCUCAAAUAUCACCGUCUGCAUCCCGAGUACAUCUACUCCCGAGUACGACUUCUCGCUGGCAAAUACAAUCUACGCAUCGUUCUUGUCAUGGUCGACAUACCCAAUCAUGAGGACCCCCUCAAGGAACUCUCCAAAACUUCGAUAAUCAACAACCUGACCAUCAUCCUCUGCUGGUCUGCCCCCGAAGCCGCACAGUAUCUCGAACUCUUCAAAUCUUCUGAAUACGCCCAGCCAACUGCCAUCCGCUCCCAGCAGGCGCAGUCUUACAAAGAAUCACUAAUGGAAUUCGUCACUACACCCCGUAGCAUCAACAAGUCAGACGCGGCCAGCCUGAUCUCCACCUGCGGCAGCUUACAAAAUGCAGUCAACGCGCCGCCAGAUGUCAUCAGUGCCGUACCAGGGUGGGGUGAGAAGAAAGUGCAACAAUGGUGCAGCGCAGUGCGGGAAGACUUUCGGGUUGGUGCAUUGAAGAGAUCAAGGGUGCCUCGGACAGAGGUGCCUAGCAGAGCAAAGCAGCCCGUCGACGGACAGCAAGAAAUUGAUGACGAUGAAGAGGUCCUGCGCGCUGUGAUGGAAGAAAGUCGCAGGACAGCGGCCCUGGGGGCCUUAGCUGCCCCGCCUCCAGAAGGCUCUGAGCAAAUCCAGUCAGCCGAGCAACGGGAUGACCAAUCAGCAGAAGACGUUAGCGAAGGCAUUGCGGCCGCUCUGGCCAAACUCCGGGAUACGGGGGGAUAA